AGCAUCUGGCCGGUUCUCGUUCCAGAUGUGGCCCGAUGGUUCUCGACGCCCUGAUCAAGAUCAAGAACGAAAUGGACUCCACCCUGACUUUCCGCAGGUCCUGCAGAGAAGGCAUUUGCGGCUCGUGCGCUAUGAACAUAAAUGGAGGGAACACUCUGGCUUGCACCAAGAGAAUCGACACCGAUCUCAACAAGGUCACCAAGAUCUAUCCCCUCCCUCACAUGUAUGUGGUGAAAGACCUCGUGCCUGACAUGAGCAACUUCUAUGCCCAAUACAAAGCUAUCCAGCCUUACUUGAAAAAGAAGGACGAGUCAAACCAAGGCAAAGAGCAGUAUUUCCAGUCCAUUGAAGAUCGGGAGAAGCUGGACGGGCUCUACGAAUGCAUCCUCUGCGCUUGCUGCAGCACCAGCUGCCCCAGUUACUGGUGGAACGGUGACAAGUACCUUGGCCCAGCGGUGCUCAUGCAGGCCUAUCGCUGGAUGAUUGACUCCCGGGAUGAGUACAGGGAGGAGCGCUUGGCACAGCUGCAAGACCCUUUCUCCCUCUAUCGCUGCCACACCAUCAUGAACUGCACCCAGACCUGCCCCAAGGGCCUGAAUCCUGGGAAGGCAAUUGCUGAAAUUAAGAAGAUGAUGGCCACGUAUAAAGAGAAGGCAGCCCACGCCUAACUGCUCCACCACGUGCACCGCCUGCCUUUCUGCUGGAAGUUCUCUAACUUAUAUCUGAUUUUUCAGUGGGGUCUCAGACUCCACCUUGUUUGUGUGGAUUUUCUCCCUUGACAUACUUGUACAGCGACAGCUGCCAGGACUAAUAAAAAAAGGUUCUUCUUUG